UGUGCCAUCGUGUUGCCGCUGCUACAACACGCACAUCUCGCCAUCCCAUCAUUUGACAGUCUCAAAACAAUAAUCCUUCAGAUCUCUCCGUUGCGAAGAGUCUGGAAGUUUGACCAGCAGAGGAGACUCAGGCACCAGCCCUUGGGAAUAUUGUACCGGAGGGGCGGAGGGUGGAACCGAUUCAGUUAGACGGGAGAAAAAGAAAUAAAACGAUUGAUUCGUUCUGGUUGAAAGAGUGUGCGGAUACCAUGGGUUCCGACGUGCGGGACCUGAACGCCUUGCUGCCGGCAGUCUCCACUCUGACCCCGGGGAACAGCAGCUGUACCAUGCCGGUGAGCAGCGCUCCCCAAUGGGCUCCGGUGCUGGACUUUCACCCAGGGGCUUCUUACAGCGCUCCGAUCGGCCACCCGUCUUUCAUCAAGCAAGAGCCGAGCUGGAGCGCCACCGAGCCACACGACGAGCACUGUCUCAGCGCUUUUACCGUCCACUUCUCCGGCCAGUUCACCGGCACGGCUGGGGCUUGUCGGUACGGAGCGUUCGGGGCUCCUCCGCCCAGUCAAGCGCCUCCGAGCCAGGCGAGAAUGUUCACCAACGGCGGCUACCUCAACCACUGCAUGGACACACAACCAGCAGCCAGGAACCAGGGUUACAGCGCUGUGACUUUCGAUGGGACUCCAGGUUAUGGUCACACUCCCAGCCAUCACACUCCCCAGUUCUCGAAUCACGCCUUCAAACAUGAAGACCCCAUCAACCAACAGAGCAGUAUAGGAGAGCAGCAGUACACAGUCCCUCCGCCAGUGUAUGGCUGCCACAAUUCUACAGACAGUUGUGCUGGGAGUCAGGCCCUGCUGUUAAGAUCCCCAUAUAACAGCCACACAACAGGUUACGAGACUGACAAUCACAAUGCUCCAAUGUUGUACAGCUGCAGCACGCAGUACAGAAUACAUACGCACGGGGUGUUCAGAGGGCUUCAGGAUGUUCGGAGGGUCCCGGGAGUGGCACCCACUAUUGUCAGAGCAAAUACAGAAGCCAACGAAAAGCGUCCAUUCAUGUGUCCCUACCCUGGGUGUAACAAACGCUACUUCAAGCUCUCUCACCUUCAGAUGCAUAGCAGAAAACAUACAGGUGAGAAGCCAUAUCAGUGCGAUUUCAAGGACUGUGGCCGUCGAUUCUCCCGUUCAGAUCAACUCAAGCGACACCAGAGAAGACACACUGGCGUAAAGCCAUUCCAGUGUAAAACAUGUCAACGUAAAUUCUCCCGCUCCGACCACUUAAAGACCCACACUCGAACUCAUACAGGUAAAACAAGUGAAAAGCCCUUUAGCUGUAGGUGGCCAAACUGUCAGAAGAAGUUUGCCAGGUCCGAUGAACUGGUUCGCCACCAUAACAUGCACCAGAGAAACCUGACCAAGCUUCAGCUCACUCUCUAAAAGGUGAACAGGACCACAACGAGUUCAAAGAAAAGGUGAUGACACACACUGCUGGGGAAGUCUGCUUUCUUCUCUUCACCCCUGCUCUAAAUGUUCAGCAGCUCACAGGUUAACGGGACAGAAUCAAUACCCACAUUUCUAUGCCUACCUGAUGCGUGCACCACAAUUGCAGUUGCAUUACACCUUUUCUUCCCAUUCGUUGUCUGAGUCAGGGUUGCCAACUCUGCUUGGAUGUAUUUCUGGAGGUUUCGUCACCUCUCACUUCCCAACUACAAACCUCACUCAACCCCCGACCAAACGGCCUCCUUAUUUCCCUCUUCCACCUCCAAUACUGCUUACCACUAAAAAAACAGAAGUGUUGAGUGAAAACAAAGAAAACACACACUUUCUGUAGUGUCCCCUACGAUUUAAAUCCUGAGCUCUUUAGAGCAGGGUCCAAGAAAUUCUUGGAAGCACCAGGACAAUCUUGGAGGGUUGGCAACCUUGGUCUGAGUGCGUAAGAAGAGGUGAAUUCAAAGCAUGUGGCCAUUGUUUAUGGAAAUCAGUGACAUAACACUCAUAUAGGGCUGUGGUGGUACUCGCUGAGUCACUAUGCUUGUGCUGUAUGAUAGUAUAGCAAUACACCACAACUCCUUUGUAAAUAUUGUGUAUAUAAGGACCUGUUGGAAUUGAAUACUACUGUAUUUCGUUUGUAUUUUCAAAAAAAAUGGAAAUCCAAAUGUAUAACCAUGUAACAUGCAGUCACUGAAAAUAAGUUAAAAAUGGCAGACAUGCAGGUGGGCAUUUAAUCUAUCAGGUUAACUUUUAUUUUAGACCCUACAGUAGAUUCACAGAGGAACGAUUAGAUGGGAUAAUGAUGUUGUUUAUUCAUUUGAAGUGUACUUUAACCAGAUUAUAUUAAGGGAGAGGUGAGGUUAACCAGCAACACUUUACAAAGACUCUGUUUCGAAAUUGUACACGAUGUACCGAAAGGCCAUGCUGGCUAUGUGGCUGAUUAGUUGUAAUGUUAACAGACAUAGUUAAAAGAAAGAAGGCUGGUCCACAACUACCAUUAACCAUUCCUCUUGAAAAUAAGUAACUUAAUGACUUUCAGAAAUCUUCAAGUAUAAUAUGUGAAGAAAUCUUUUUAGUGUAAUGGAUUGUACUGUACCCAAUGUUUCUUUGUUCAUCUAUUUACUGCUACCAGCUGGAAAUUAUUAUGUAUAUAUCUGAUAAUGUAUUGCUGUUCCCAAAAAUAGGAGGGUUAUUAAAAGUAGAGAAUAAACAGAAGAAAUAGGUACUUCA